CAAAACGAACUCUAUGUACACUGGCGUCAAAAAAACCAAAACGUUGACAGAAGUCAACAAAAUUAGAUUAAAGGAUCAAAAUACAGCUACUGAAACUCGGACAAAUUUAAAUAUAAAAUCUGCUGAAACUUCUGAAAUAGUAGUAAACACACAAACGACGUCUACUGUUAAUGCACCGAACAAUUUCACCAACACAUUCAUUGAAAAAUUGAAGCUAACACACGAGGAAACACAACAAAAAAUUUGUAACGCUGACGUUGUAUUGUCUGUAUUGGCAGACUUUUUUAGUGAGAAACUUCAAAUGAUACGGAACAUUCGUAAAACUGACUCCUUUAAGGCAACUAAAGAAGAAUCUAAAAAAAACCCUAUCUUGGGUAAUGAUAAAAAUAACAAGUCUUUGCCUAUAAGUAAGUUAGAGGCUUUAAAAGAUCAAAACGCUAUGAACUUACUCUCCGAUAAAUCCCAUUCAUUCGCCUCUAAGUCAGAUGUUAAAAACAUUACAAAUUCGGUUACUACAAAGUCUUCUUCGCAUUAUGGUACAGCGAAAGUCAAUCUUCCAUCGAAUAAAGCGAAAUUCGUUUCUAUGACCCCUGUUAAAAUCCCAGGUAGUAAAGUUUUUAAUGGUCAGUCAGAACAUAAAGGUCAUACCGCAGUUGGCGUUUACAAUAUGGCACCAUCAAAUCAAAACAACACAAACAAUAAAUUUGUGUCUAGGAUACCCAUAAGGAUCAAUGUUUCAAAAAAUAAAAAAAUUGGGAAAAGUUCAUUUAAGGUUUCAGAUUUAUCCUUGAACACUGACAAUACAUCCAAUACAUCCAAUAGUCACGAAGUUCAAUGUCGUAGAUUAUACAAUUCUACUUCUUUAUAUUCCACAGUUAAGCAUGUGAAUACCGAAACCUAUACCAAAAAUUGUGUUAAAAGGACCAUUAAAAUAACCACAUAUUAUUGAAAUUAAUGACAGAGAAGGAUAACUUUAAUAAUUACUGUUGUUGUAAUAUCAUGGAACUACUACCUGAAACUCUUGAAUAAACUUGUUUCUGUAUGAAAAAAAAAUGCUACAAUAUUAAACACUAGUCUUAAAGAUUUUAUUUCAUUGUUAGUCAUGAACAUCACAUUAAU